AUGGGGAGCCGCGAUGUUGUACCAGAGAAUGUUCGCCGCUCGUUUGCCGGUGGGGAUGUUGUCAUGGCGUGUGAUCCCUUUGUGUGGGCCUUGGAGCCCAGCUGCUACAAGACUUACUGCGCUUUCUGCUUCCGCAAUAAGGAGCCCUUGCGUACGUGUACCGGAUGUCGUCUGCACCGCUACUGCAGCGUCACCUGUCAGACUGCCGACUGGAAACUGGAGCAUAGAUUAGAGUGUUCCCUGCUGGCGAAGAUAGAAGCAGGGACGAAGAUGGAGUCGAGUAGCCAUUCGUCGGGCAUCGGGACAGUCUACAGUUUUCAGCCUCCGCAGGAACUGUUGACUAAGAUGGUCCAUAAAAUAGCGUUGAACGUGAGGGUCGAUGUGCCCGGCCAGGGACUGCGGACAGCGCGAGAAGUUCUGGACAGUCUCCCGCAACACCCUUUGGUUCAGGACAAGAACGUCAUCCAGCAGACGAUGGAAUUGCGUGAGAUGGACCCGUCAACAGGGGUCACUAUGCUGGAUAUCCUCGCCUGUCACGGCAUUGUCGCGAAAAACACGCAGACUAUCUUCAAUUCACCCAUUGUCAGCGGCAACACACCCAACGGGUUUGCCGUGUACCCACUGACGCCGCAGCACGACAUGACGGCGGUGUGCUGGGAUGUGAACGUUGUUAUCAAUUUCCGGGCCGCCCUACGCUUCAGUGAAAUGCGCCAGCAGACUUUCACGACGAGAGACGUGCGUCGCACCGAUUUCGAGAAGAGUACCGGACAUCCAUGCACGUGCCGGAAAUGCACGGAAGAAUAUGACGCGGAAAUCAAUCUCCUGAAGUGUGUGACAGCCGGCUGUAGUAACCGGAUUCCCAGCGACCGUCGGGCGAUGGAAGCAUGUACGGAAUGUGGAGCCAUCAACAGCGAACGCCUGAAGGAAUUCCGCCGGUACCAGCAGCGGUUAGCGGACUACAAGGCCUUCAGUCCCACGCAGCCCAAUAUGCCCGAAGCCAUGAGAUUAGUGAUGUGUGAGGAGAUGGAUGCGGCCGGCAUCCUUCAGCCGGAUGCGCAUUUCCGUUUGGUCUGCGGCUGGAGAUUGCCGCAGAAAUACUUUGAAGAGGACCGCUUUGAGGACGGCUGGAAGAUGACGCAGCAACUGGUGGCUAGCAUGCGAAUCAUCUAUCCCAAAUACGAACCGUUCGGCGCUAUGCUGCUGGGGCUGGCCGCACUUUACGCUGCUGACGCAUUAGAGAAGCACGUGCAGGAUCGGAUUAAGAAGCUGUCGCGACCGGCUAAAAAACAACUGCAGACUAUGUGCAGAGAUGCUUUCCAGGUGCUUAUCGAAUACUGCCAGGCGGGCCUGCACAUCCUGACGGUGGUAUACGGAGAGCAAUCCUAUGAAGCCGAGAUCGCUAACAGUUGGGUGGUCGGCGAAACCAAUCGGUCACGAAAGAUUAACAAUAUGUUGCGCGUCAGGAAAUGA